AUGGGUUUUCUUGUGCUUGAGGGGGCUUAUAAGCUUCAGGUCAUAUCAAGAGCCAUACAACUCGAAAUUGGGGAAACUUGGUGUCCCUGGAAAGAUAAGAGGGAGAUCUACAACUUCUAUGUUGGGAGAAAAACCCAAUCUUUGAGAUUUCUCAAUUGGGUCAUAAAGCAACCCAAUUUGGAGCUCAAUAAUGCUACUUAUAUAAUAUGCACUACUACCCACAUACUUGUUAGAGCUAGAAUGUACAGUUUUGCCAAAACAACUUUGAAGCAUUUGUUGCAACUGCCCAUUGGAUUGAACUCUGUUUUUAGUGCCUUGAUGGAGACUUACCGCAUUUGCAACUCAAACCCGGCUGUUUUUGACCUCCUGAUUAGGGUUUGUUUGAGGGACAGGAUGGUUGGAGAUGCUGUGCAGACUUUCUACUUGAUGGGGUUCCGGGGACUGAAGCCGUCUGUAUAUACGUGUAACAUGGUAUUAGGUUCCCUUGUGAAGGAGCAGAAAGUUGAGCUGUUUUGGUCUUUUUUCAAAGGAAUGCUUGCCAAGGGGAUUUGUCCUAAUGUUGCUACAUUCAACAUGAUGUUAAAUGCUUUGUGUGAACAAGGGAAGUUUAAAAAUGCUGGCAUUCUCUUGAGGAAAAUGGAAGAAAGUGGUGUUUAUCCAACGACGGUCACUUACAAUACUUUGCUUAAUUGGUAUUGCAAGAAAGGAAGGUACAAAACAGCGUCUGAGCUGAUUGAAUGCAUGGCAUCUAAGGGAAUUGCGGCAGAUGUUUGUACAUAUAAUGUGUUGAUAGAUAAUUUGUGCAGGGAAAUCAGGAGUGCAAAAGGUUAUUUAUUGUUGAAAAGGAUGAGAAGAAAUAUGGUGUAUCCUAAUGAGGUAACUUAUAAUACUCUUAUUAAUGGGUUUGUUAAGGAGGGGAAGAUUGAAGUUGCUGCAAAAGGUUUUGAAGAGAUGUCAUUAUUUAAUUUGUUACCCAACAAUAUCACUUACAAUACUUUGAUUGCUGGGCAUUGUUGUACAGGAAACAUUGGGGAGGCAUUGAGACUAAUGGAUGUUAUGGUAUCAUAUGGUUUGAAACCUAAUGAAGUGACAUAUGGGGCUCUUUUAAAUGGGUUAUCCAAGCAUUCUGAGUUUGGACUGGUUUCCAGAAUUCUUGAGAGAAUGAGAAUGGAUGGGGUGAGAGUUGGCCAUAUUAUUUAUACAGGAAUGAUUGAUGGGUUGUGUAAGAAUGGAAUGCUUGAAGAAGCUGUGAAGUUGCUGGAUGAUAUGUUAAAAGUUUCUGUGAAUCCUGAUGUUGUUACAUUUUCAGUGCUCAUAAAUGGAUUUUUCAAGGUGGGGAAGAUAAAUAAUGUGAAGGAGAUUAUGUGUAAGAUGUAUAAGACUGGACUUGUGCCAAAUAGCAUUUUGUAUUCAACUUUAAUCUACAAUUAUUGCAAAAUGGGAUACUUAAAAGAGGCAUUAAAUGCUUAUGCAAUUAUGAAUCGUAGUGGUCAUGUGGCUGAUCACUUUACAUGUAAUGUGUUGGUUGCCACUUUCUGUAGAUGCAGGAGACUUGAAGAGGCCAAGUAUGUUAUGGAUCACAUGAGCCGGAUGGGUCUUAAUCCAAAUUCUGUUACUUUUGAUUGCAUUAUAAAUAGUUAUGGAAAUUUUGGUGAUGCACUCAAAGCAUUUUCUAUGUUUGAUAAAAUGAAAAGUUCAGGCCACUUCCCAAGUCAAUUCACGAAUGGGGGUCUAUUGAAAGGACUUUGCAUCAGUGGACAUAUUAAUGAAGCCCGGAGAUUUUUGUAUAGACUUCGAAGCAUUCCUAAUGCUGUUGACAAUGUUAUCUUCAACACAAUACUCACUUAUACAUGUAGAUUGGGAAAUUUAUGUGAUGCAGUUGCCCUUAUUAAUGAGAUGGUCACAAAUGAUAUUCUGCCUGACAAUUUUACAUACACUAAUCUUAUUGCGGGGCUAUGCAAGAAGGGUAAAAUAGUUGCUGCCACUUGUUCUAAGAGUAAGUGUACUUAUACUUAUUUCACUCACUAA